AUGGAGGAGGACAGAAGUCACCUACUAAUGCUGCUUCUGUGCUGGGCAGUUCUACAAGGAGCACCGGCGCUGGCACAAGCCAACAACAAAGAGGUUAUACUCCGUGAUAAACUCUUUGAGAAUUACAGCAUUCUUGUCCGGCCCACCAGGACCCCCCAGGAGAAGGUGACAGUGCAAGUGGGGAUGAGUCUGUCCCAGCUCAUCAGCCUGAAUGAGAAGGAUGAAGAGCUGACCACGAAGGUCUACAUGAACAUGGCCUGGAAUGCCCUCCGCCUCUCCUGGGAUCCAUCCGAAUAUGGCGGGAUCGAGUCUCUCCGGAUCCCCUCUGACAGCGUGUGGAAGCCGGACAUCGUCCUCAUGAACAACAAUGACGGUGAAUUUGAUGUCGGCCUCGCAGUUGAUGUCUUGGUUACCUGGAAGGGGAAUGUCACCUGGUUGCCCCCGUCCCUCUAUCACAGUAGCUGCCCCAUCGAGGUCCAGUACUUCCCGUUUGACUGGCAGAAUUGCAGCAUGGUGUUCCGAUCGCAGACCUAUGGGGCAGAUGAGGUGAUGCUGGUACACCCGAGGGACGCCCAGGGACGGGAGAUUACUCAAGCUGUCAUCUUUCUAAAUACAUUUGAGGAAAAUGGCCAGUGGGAGAUUCGGCACCGAUCAUCCCGCAAGAACACGAUCCCAACGGACCCCCUCUAUGAGGACAUCACAUUUUACUUGGUGAUCCGAAGGAAGCCGUUAUUCUACAUUGUCAACAUCAUCAUCCCCUGCAUUCUUAUUACCAUCCUGGCCAUCUUUGUCUUCUACCUUCCCCCGGACGCAGGUGAGAAGAUGACGCUUUCCAUCUUUGCUCUUCUCACACUUACUGUCUUCUUGCUGCUUCUGGCUGACAAAGUCCCAGAAACCUCGUUGAAGGUCCCCAUCAUUGUCAACUAUCUCAUGUUUACCGUGGUCCUGGUCACCUUUUCUGUCAUCCUGAGUGUAGUGGUCCUGAAUCUCCACCAUCGAUCACCCAACACCCAUCACAUGCCCCAGUGGGUGCGGCAGAUUUUUAUCCUUCACCUGCCCCGCUAUCUCAUGAUCAGCCGUCCAAAACCCGAGCCUCCUCUACCGGUUGAAGCGCCGUCCCGCCAGGCCCCGGCCCCGCGACAUGCUGACGAGUACUUCAUACGCAGGCCGGAGAACGACUUCCUCUUCCCCAAACCUGACAGAUACCAGGCUGCGGCCUUCUCACGAGAUAUGAAAUGGUUCUUGGAUGGUCCGAGUCUGGGACUCACUCUUCCCCCGGAUCUACAGUCCGCAAUCAGUGCCAUCCGCUAUCUGGCCCAGCAGCUGCAGGAGCAGGAGGACUACGACGCCCUGAAGGAGGAUUGGCAGUACGUGGCUAUGGUGGUGGAUCGGCUCUUUCUCUGGACGUUCAUUGUGUUUACCACUCUGGGGACGCUGGCCAUUUUCCUGGAUGCAAGCUUCAAUCGCCCACCAGACACCCCGUUCCCCUAA